UGACAUCAGUUGUCAAAAUUUUUCAACCGACUUCACCGCAUUUUUCAUUACACAAAAAAUUUCUCAUAAAAAAAACUUCCACAAUGUUUAUUCGUCAAAUCAGUCGCUUGCCACCAAAAUCAAUCAAAUUAUAUAGCACCUCCGCUGAACCAGCAAUAUCUACAAAAAUCCCAAAAUCCUCUGAAGUUCGUACUAACGAGGGCAAUACUUCCAAGCACUCUAGUAACAAUCUUGGUAAAUAUUAUCAAAUUCCUAAUGAAGAUAAGAAAAUCUUAUUCAGUCACGGAGGAUUACCAAAAUCCUUCGAAAAACAAGCCAAAACAUUUGGUGAAACUUGUUUAAUGGUUCGUCAACCUGCGUUGGAAGUAAUUGAUUAUAUUAAAUCAUCUAAUUUAAAUAAACCUACAGUCCGUUAUGUUCUUUAUGGUGACGAUGGUGUUGGCAAGAGUCUAACAAUGGCUCACAUUAUUCACUAUGGUUAUCAGAAUGGUUUUUUGCUUUUACAUGCUCCAUGGGUUGCAAAUUGGUACAAAAGACCAAAAGAAACUGCCAAUUCCACGUCAAUGGAAGGUUUCAUUGAUCUUCCAUUUGACGCUGCUGGCUGGUUGGUUCAUUUUAAGACACAAAAUGCAAAGCUUUUACCUACUUUAGAUUUGAAAACGACAAAAGAUUAUGUUUGGAGUAAAAGAGAGACUACUCCAGCUGGUUCCACACUUUUGGAACUCAUUGAACAUGGAAUUGCUAGAAUCAAAUUCGCCUCUGAUACAAUUGCCGCUCUUAUAAGCGAACUUAAACAACAUGCAACUGGUGGCAAAUGUAAAAUUAUGGUUGCAAUGGAUGGUUACAAUGCAUUUUUCCAUCCUAUUACUCGUGUCAUUGCUGACAAUAAAGCUAAAGUUCAUCCAAGUAAAGUAACAUUGACACAACCAUUUUUGGAUAUUACCAAUUAUGAUUGGUGUAAUGGUGUUUGUAUUCUUUCUGUGGACAAACUAGCUGCCUCUGAAGGUAAUAGGGAAUCGUAUUUGCCAAGAUAUUUAUUGGAAAAAGAAGGUUUUGAACAUUUGGAUCCAUUUGUCCCGAUUCGAGUGGAUAAUUUUAAUGAGAAGGAAUUUAAAAGUUGUAUUGAUUAUUAUUUGGAUAGAAGAUGGAUACAAAAUAAUGAACCGGGUUUUGAUCAAGAGUUGAAAUAUUUGAGUGCAUCGAAUCCGUUUAGGCUGAUGAAUAUUUGUGCUCCGUUGUAAAAUUGUUGAAAGAUUAAAUAAAAGUAGAAAUAAAAUUGUAAAAAAAAA